CAACAACGUUGCUGUUUGUGAGAUACUUCCCACUAUGGGUUUUGAUUUUACGUCGUACCUCUCAUCGCUGUAUCCCGGCGAGGAAUACGAGAUCCAGGUCCUACUCGGCGGUCUCGUGAACCACACCGUCCGGGCUCGGCGCACCGACACCGCCGACACCCCCGCCAAAAGCGGAUCCGCAGAUGGUCCGAAGACUGCCAUCCUGAAAUAUGCGCCUCCGUAUGUCGCAUCCAUCGGCGAGGACGCCCCCUUCUCGCAAGACCGGCAGUUGACCGAAGCAUCAGCCCUGAGAAUCCUCGGCGACGGAUACCUCACAUCCCGAGUGAAAGGCAUCAAGAUCCCCCGGGUGUUAUCCCACGACCCAGUCCACUCAAUCCUCAUAAUCGAAGACCUCGGCCCGCUCAUCACCCUCUGGGACUUCCUCGAGUCCGCCACCAACCCCCGCACAGCAGCCACCGCCGCCCUCCUCGGCCACCGUGUCGGCGCCUUCUUCGCCGAACUACACCGCCCCUCGACUCUCGCACACAUCCACCUCCACAGCCCGCCCUCCGACCUCGCCAUCCUCGACCGCGCCCCCAUAACCGCGCCCUUAGUCCGCUCCGCCGCCGUCGAGCCCAUCCGCUUCCGGCUCCGCUCCCCCGGCGGCCUAACCGACGCCGCCGAGGCAGACGCCCUGUACGCGCGCGUCGUCGGCGACUUCGAGCGCGCCAACGCGCCCGCCGGCGAGUCGUGCCUCUCCAUCGGCGACUGCCAUCCGGGGGCGAUCCUGGUGGAUCCGGUUUUGUUGUUGUUGUCGGGCGGCGACGACGAGGGGGAGGUCCCGGACAUGGGCGUCAUCGACUGGGAGUUCUCGACGGCGCGGCGCGGGCGUGGCGCCAAUGGCGACGCGGCGCAGUUCCUGGCGUCGGUGCACGCGCUGUGGUUGUCGCUUGCGCCUGGGUCGCCUGCCUGGAAGGCGACUGGGGCGUUUGGGCGGGCGAUGUGCGAGGGGUAUGCGGAGGGGGCAGGGUAUGCGGGGAGGGAUGUCCGGAUGGAUCCGGCGGUUGUGGGGAUUUCUAGGUCGGCGCUGAUAUUGCAUGGGAGGGAGCUGAUUAACCAGGCUGUGGAGCGGCCGUGGGGGUCUCGGGGUAGGUCGGUUGCGGAGAUGGUGAGAGAGGGGAUUUGGUACCUGGAGCGGGCGGGGGAUGGCGUGGAUGAGAUGCUGGAGCAGGGGAACUGGGAUUUGCUGAUGGGAGAGGAGUCCGGCUUCAUGCUGCGGUUGUUUGGCUUGUAUCGGGAGUCGAGGAGCUAAGUAGACAAGGGGAGCUACCCGCUGCCUGGCUGCGUCUCCAAGGCAGCGCCGGGCGGUACGAAGUAUCACUGCCAUCGUUCAUGUAAAGAGUAUAUCCCAUGGGGGUAUAUUGAAACAUCCGGAUCUACUACCCUCUCGAGUGAAUAGCACAUCGCACAUCCAUCUUCGAA